UAAUGUAGUGUACUGGUUUAUUCUAGCAUAACGUAAGGACACAGGAGGGAAGUGAGGAGGAGCAAGAAGAUGCAAUUGAUGAUGUGUACAUAUCCCCCCCCAGAACUGAUUAAAAUGGGCACGUCUGCGCCGAGGAACAGAGGCACGGGAAGAUGGCGGACAAAGAAAAGAAGAAAAAGGAAAGCAUUCUAGACCUCUCCAAAUACAUUGACAAGACAAUUCGAGUAAAGUUUCAGGGUGGAAGAGAAGCAAGUGGAGUGCUGAAAGGAUUCGAUCCAUUGUUGAAUCUUGUACUGGAUGGCACAAUAGAAUAUAUGAGAGAUCCUGAUGAUCAGUAUAAAUUAACAGAGGACACACGACAGUUGGGUCUGGUAGUCUGCAGAGGAACAUCUGUAGUAUUGAUUUGUCCACAGGAUGGCAUGGAGGCAAUCCCUAACCCUUUUGUUCAGCAACAAGAGGGUUAAUGAACAAUAUAAAGUUUCAAUAUAAAGUUUCAUCUCCCAUAUUUCUUUGGUAGAAAGAACAACUUCAAGUUGAAGAUUAUGGAUAUACUGAGUUGGUUUUGUUUAUUUUAUAUUGAACACAUUUGUUUUGUUUUUUUUAAGGCAGAGGUGCUAUUUUAGCAGAGCCAACAUAUUUCAAAUAUACUGAUUUUUUUUGAA